AAAACUCUUGAGUCGUCAUUUGACAAUCGAUUUGAUCUGUUUAUUUUCUAAUAUCGGUGUAAAUUUUUGCGUCAAAUAUUCAAAUGCAAUUUAAUUUUCAACAUAUUUAUGUGCCGUAAAUUUAAAUUUAUUAACGGUUUACUUAGACAAAUCUGAAACAAACCCUUUUAUCAUAAAUUUUUUAAGUACGUGGGCUAUAAAACCUAAUACUAUGAAGAGAAAGUUGUAAAACCUUACCAUGGGCAAAACUAGUAAAGUAGUUGUAUGUGGCAUGAAAGGUGUGGGAAAAACUGCGAUAUUAGAGCAGCUUAUUUAUGGCAGUGUGAAUUUGAAGUCAUCGUUCUACCCUACUAUCGAAGAUAUUUAUGUCGCCAAUAUAGAAACAGAUCGAGGCACUAAAGAACGCGUAUGUUUCUAUGACACUGCGGGUUUAGAGCCUCCCCUCACAGGCGAGUUAAAAGGUCCCCCACAAUCACCGACCAUGCAGCUCACAUCCAACCAAGUCCUGCAGAGGCAUUACCUUGGCUUCGCAGAGGGUUUUGUGAUGGUGUACGACACAACCAGACCAGAGUCUCUGGACGUACUUAUGUAUUUGAAGAAGGAUAUUGAUAGGAAUAAAGAUAAGAAGGAGGUCGUCAUGCUCGUAGUUGGCAAUCGAACUGGUCCAGAUGUCGUCAACAGUCUUGAAAACACAUGCUCAAAAGCGUCCAACUGGUGUGCAAGGGAGAAGGUAAGGCAUUUCGAAGUCUCCGCCAUGGACCGGCCUUCUUUAUAUGAGCCGUUCAUUUAUAUGACUUCCAAACUAAACCCAGUUCAGAAUAAAACGGCGUUUCCACAGCUAAGCACACUAAGUAAACUAACACAGAAAAAUAAUCGGAGUGACGCGAUGUAACAUUACCUUUUUAAUCUAUGCCCUUUUUGCUAUCAUCCAUAGAUAAUUUUUGCACUAGUAACCCCAAACGGGUUACAUAAAACAGCCUUUAGCGAUGGUCAAACAAUUUUUGUUUUUCAAUCUUUUAUAUUUAUAUCAGUAAUAUUACAGAAUGCUAAUAUAGAAAAUAACUUACCAGAUAUUUGGGCAUCCCAAACAUUUUCUCGGAAAACUUAAGCUUUUCAAUGUAAAACGUCUUCAAACCACUUUGACCAUCUCUGAAAAGCUUACGAAAUUUAAUAAAAUUGCCAUGUUUCAAGACAUGUAUCCAGAUUUCAGCUUGUAAAAAAUACAUGGAACUCAUAAAAUAUCACUGUGUGGCUUCAUAAAAUGAUUUUUUAAUUUGAUUUUAUUAAUCAUAAUUAUUAAUAUAAUUCUAUGAGCAUUUCUAGGUAUUUAUACAAAAGUAGCUAGUGUGUUUAUACAAAAAGCAACUAAAAUUUGAUGAUCAAAUUGAGAGCAAAUUUAUUAAUUUAAAGGAUUUUAUAUGUACUUAUUUAUAGUUAUAGUACUUAUGAUAUAUUAACUGUGUAAAAAAAUAUACCAACAUAAUAAAAACGGUAUGGUAAGUUGUCAACUCAUGAACCUUGUAUUAGUCGGAAUUUAAAUCUCAAUAUUACCGAAGUUAAGCUAGUUUAAAAUGGCAUAUCAGGUACUAAUACAUGAAAUAGUUCGUAAUAGUAUCAGUAUAUUUUUUUCGCAACUAAGACUAAUACCAAUAUAAAGAAAAAGUUCAUGUUGUGAGUGGCCACCUUUACUUUAUUUUAAAAGUUAAGAAUAUAUAAUUUUGCGCUUUUUCAACUUAUUAUGCAUAAGUUAUCUCAUAAUUAAGUUUAAAUUUUUUAAUGGCGAUUUAUGAUAUGCAAUUCUCAUAUAAUCAGUAUUUUAUUUAUAAUGUUGAAUGUAUAUUGAUAAUUUAUUAUGUACUUAAUUUGCCCCAUAAAUUGUAAAUAUGUUUUUAUCAUUCAUCUCAUUAAAUGAGAAAAUUUGGGGCAU